CUAGUAUUAGAGAUGUGAGCUGCGAGUGUGGUGCACCGCACACUUUGCUCCGGUUUUGCGAUCACCAAAUUCGAGUUUUGUGUUGUUCUUGGACCACCUGUGGAUACCGUACGGCAACUUAAAAGACAUGGAUCUGAUGCGAAAAGAUUUGCGGCUGCACUGGGGAGGAUCCUGAAUAUUUGCGCCGGGUUUCAUUCCUUUUGGCUCCGAAUAUUUUUUUUUUUCCUACAUCGUUUCGUUAAUGAGUAUAACCUUGGAAGUGCGUCGUACAUUUGUAGCUGCUUCGUGUUGCAGUUCUGUGUAUGUUGGAGAAUACAUGCGGCUAUCGUUUACGAUACCCCUUUCGAUUAAAGCCGCAAAAUCAAACCAUGUGAAGAAUGUUUACAUAUAUAUUGAUGGAUUUUAUAUUUGAAAUAUCGAUGACAUAAUAGCGAACGAUUGCCAAGAAGGAAACCUAAAUAACGUUCCAAAUUUCUAGUCUUGUGUGGCAUAUUUUUUGCUCAAUAAUCCAAGGUAUAUAAUAUAUAUUUUAUAACUGUAAAAAGAAACCAGAAUCAGUAAAGAACAUUAGUGGAUUAGUUCUACUCAUUCUGACUGCUCACUGAGAAUUUAUAAUGUUGUGCAUAUAUUUACAAUGUAUUGUUAAACAAGUAAUUGGUGCUACGCAUUAACUAACUUGAACCAUUCAUCCCUAGGGUGAUGCUAAUUUAAUUUAUAAACAUAGAUUCUUUUUUGUGUCUUGACUAUCAACAUACAAAAGUGGAUUACCACGCGGGAUUGUCCAGUAUGGACCCUCUGGAGAUUGACCCGAACUUUGAGCCUCAGACGAGGGCCCGGUCGAACACAUGGCCCUUGCCGAGGCCGGACAAUUUUGUGGAGCCAGAUGGGGACGAUAAAGGAGUGCUGCCGGCCCACAUGCAGGGUCACAUGACAGGGCUCGACCAGGCCCCCAAAAAGAACUCGUCGCGGCGAAAUGCAUGGGGCAAUAUGUCCUAUGCGGACCUCAUUACGCAAGCCAUACAGAGUGCGCCAGAGAAGAGGUUAACUCUGGCCCAGAUUUAUGAGUGGAUGGUACAGAAUGUCGCCUAUUUCAAAGAUAAGGGCGACAGCAACAGCUCAGCGGGUUGGAAGGUGCAGACGUGCAAAUGACGAAAGAGAAGCUUAUUCUCAAGCAAUAACAAUGACAAAAAGGAAGUCAAGCUGCUGGCGCCAUCUGUUGAUAAAAAAUGAAAUCAAAUAUGAAAAAAUUUCCUUAAAAGCCAAGGACUAGAAUUUGGAUCGUCUACUAGAAUUGCGAUGUUUAUGUAUGUGAAACGUCUCGCAAACGAAAGUUGUUUUUUGAAUAAUUUUGGCUGCAGAAGAAUAUAAGAUGUAGGUUUUUUUUUAACAACAGUUUUGGGUAACAGCAGAUUUAUGUGUUUCUUUUUUUUAUUUAUUUUUGCAUUUUUUAUUUUCUUUUUUCUAUUUUUCUGUUCUUUCUAUUUUUGUAUUCUCAAAUCCCUCAGUUCUCGGAUUCUUACUGUUUUUUGAUGUUAUUCUCAAAUAAUUUGACCCCGUAGACACCUCCUUAGUAUUAUGAAUACACCUUCAUUAUAACAUUGUGCUUCCAGUAUUUAUUGUAUUUAAUCUCAUAUUUAAUCUCAUUAUGUUUAUUUUUGUCACAUCAAACAAAUGUUCUCAAUAUCAUUUGUGAACUUCAAAUUGUAUUGAAACUAUAUUAUAAUCUUUUUAUGUUCUAAAUCAUUGUUAUGAAUAUUGGAUGCGGUGUGUACGAUGGGAUUGCACGA